UCCGGGGAUCGUUAGGAGAAGAUGGGCCGUCACAUGUAUUGGCUGGCAUUUGCCUUCUGCACCCUCGCUCUUGCUUCCGCGAAGGACGAGGAGCGCGCGGCGACUCCAAUCAUUCUUGACGACGAGGAGCGCGCGGCGACUCCAAUCAUUCUUGACGGGAGUGAUGACAAAGGCCACGAGGGACCGGAUGGCAAAGCAGAAAUGAGAGAUCUGACACGAGACUUCAUGGAAACCAAUCCUAGUGUUGUGAACGGCCACCAAGUCUUUGAAGGAGACAUGGUCUUGACGGAGAGCCAGUGGCGAGCGGUCAGGGAGAGGAAGGCCCUUGCAGACCUCUCUGCGCGCUGGCCUGAACAGGGCGGCUUCCCCACCGUGCCCUACUACCUCGAUACUACCGAUUCCGUCACUGUGGCUGCCAUAAAUGCAGGGAUUGCUCACUGGGAGCAAAACACCUGCAUCAGAUUCCAGCUCACGUCCAACCUCGCUCAACGGCACGUCAGGUUUUUUGAAGGGUCUGGAUGCUGGUCGUAUGUCGGCAUGCUGGCUCAGAAUGGACAAGACAUUUCCAUUGGAAGUGGCUGCAAAGAACUCGGCACCGUCGCCCAUGAGAUCGGCCACGCCAUUGGGUUCGUGCACGAGCAGAGUCGCCCCGACCGUGACGACUAUGUGGUCAUCAAUUAUGGCAACAUCCAAACUGGCAAGGAAAACAACUUCAAUAAGUACAGCACGUCAGUGGUCAACACCUACGGCAUACCAUACGACUACUCAUCCGACAUGCACUAUGGUUCUACAGGCUUCACCAACAACGGCCAGACGACCAUCGCCACCCUAUAUCCCUUGGCGCAGGAGCUCAUCGGCCAGCGCACGGGACUCUCUCACAGGGACAUACUAUUGGCCAACACCAUGUACGGCUGCAUCGAUAAGUGGCUUGCUGCUUGCGGAGUGGACGCCGACCCCUGCCAGAACGGCGGGUUUUAUGGAGAAGGCUGCGCUUGUGUGUGUCCCUCGGGCACCUCAGGGGCCAACUGUGAGACGGUGACGGGAGACUACUACGACGAGUUGACGAAUUCCUGCACUGAGAAAGUAACUCAGGAAGGCACCCUCACCUCGCCGGGCUAUCCAAGCAACUACCCAAAGAUCCAGUGCGUCAAGUGGAUUGUAGCUCCCGCAUGCCACGUGCCCAGAGUGACCUUCUCAGACUUUAACCUGUACGGAGAGAAUCCCUACUGCGGAUCGACUACAGAGACGUGCUGCUACUUUGAUGGCCUGGAGAUCAGAACCGACAACUUGUACAACGGUGAAGUGUAUUGUGGCACGGACAUCACUGCAGGCCAGACCUUCACUGGAACCGGUCAAGAGAUGGUUUUAUACUUCAGGGCGAUAAAUAAUAAUAUUCGCAGGGGAUGGUCUGCCCAACUCACCUUUGUGCCGCAACCGGGAUGCACAACCACCACUGCAGAAACCUCCACCACCACCACCACCAUAGCAACAACAACCACCACUACAGAACCCACCACCACCACCACCACAGCAACAACCACCACUACAGAACCCACCACCACAGCAACAACCACCACUACAGAACCCACCACCACAGCAACAACCACCACUACAGAACCCACCACCACCACCACCACAGCAACAACCACCACUACAGAACCCACCACCACAGCAACAACCACCACUACAGAACCCACCACCACAGCAACAAUCACCACUACAGAACCCACCACCACAGCAACAACCACCACUACAGAACCCACCACCACCACUACAGAACCCACCACCACCACAGCAACAACCACCACCACCACCACCAGCCCACUACCACCUAGAUGUUUAAUUCAGGCUGUCAACGGAGUGUUCUACUGGUCCUCCCCCGGCUUCGGCAUCACCAACUACCCGAAUAACUUCAACUGCGCAGUGCGAGGGUUUUCGACGAGAUCCAUGUUGACGCUGAAACUGGAAACGUUCACGCUGCAGAGAGCCAAGAGAAGGAGAUGCGUGGAUGGCGUCGAGUUAACAUUCUUGUACAAUCGAACGAGAACGUUGUGUGGAUCUCGAUCAGGGAGAGUUUUUACUUCGCCAUCUUUCAAUUUCAACGCGAGAUUCUUCACCAACCCCAGGAGGACAUAUCAGGGCUACAACAUCUCCUUCACGCCUGCAACCACAAGUUGUCACCAGAUAAUCACGGCAGCUGUUGGUCAGACUGGCACAAUAACUUCCCCUCCAGCAGAAAAAUACUGCGAAUACCGAAUCCAGGCUCCUUCUGGAAGUCGCGUGCAGGUUGACGAAGUUACAUCUAGGAUUAGAGGGACAAGGAACUGUGCAAUUGACUGGCUUCUGCUGAACGGGAGGAGUGAGAGGAUGUACCCGCCAGACACCAGCUUAAUUAUCUGCGGCAAGAGGGUAGUGUCUUCACCUCUGACAUCCGAGACCAAUGAGAUGUACGCAGCUUAUCAAGGCACCAGCAGGAGAAGCCGCGGUGUCACUAUCAAGUAUACCGUCAUCUAAGUCAAACGUUCCUUGAUUUUCUCGCUCACUCCGUGGACGAUGCAAUCACUACUCCAAUGUAUCUGUACGGGCACGAAUUCAUUAUUACACCUGCAACCCUUUCAGUUUACCUCUUGCCCACGAUGUUUCUUUGUUUAAAAUCAUAUCACUGGUAAGCCAAGUCAGCUGAUAAAACUUAAACGAGGAACAGUAGCAUCCUUAUAGUGUUCUACAAUACCGCCCCAAGAAAAUAAAUAUAUGCAGCAGC